ACGUCCGUUCAGUGGCAAAACGGCCAGAAAGCGGAUCUCGACUACGAGUACAAAAUCAAGUCUUCCGGCGAUCAGUUCCACCACGAAAUGGACGCCAAACUCAAGGCUUUCGGCCGAGAGCUAAGACACUCGGGUUUGCUGCGUCUCUCGCGCCGCGAUCUCGACCUCAAGUCUCGCGUUCUGUCCGACGGUUCCCAAGUUUAUGAGUGGGACUCUCAGCUGUCACGUGACCGCCAGUCGCGCCUCGCCUUCGAGACGCCGGCGAUUGUGGCGAAAGUGGCGGCGAAUGCCUUCUCAGCGCCCGCUUUGAUGGCAAUAGACAUCUCUUCGCCCAUUAAUCGCUUCCAACACAAGACUGACAUCGAGUUUGUGCCCAAACUCUCGCUUCUCGUGAAGUCCGACACCAAGAGAGACAACAGAAACCUUCUGAACUUCCAGUCGCACCUCUCGCGCACCGUCCCCUCCCACGUGAUGAUCGUCUCGGAGCCCAUCGACGGGCGCUUCGAUUUGGAUCUCUUGUCUUCGGACAAGAAGUCCGCGCUUUUGGACAUCAAGAGCGCGCGAGACGACUGGAAACACAAUUCGGUUUUGAAUUUCGCGCCGAAAACUGCGAUCGAAAUCAAGUCGAAGACCGAAUACAAGGGAAAGCCUUUGAUGUCUUUGGACUCGCAGUUCGCGACUACGCAGAAGAAGUCCUUCCUUUCGCUGGAUUUCCCGAAACACAAGUCCUCUCUCGUGAUGAGCGCCGACCCCAUCGCGCGUUCGGCGGAUCUCGAGCUCGUCGUCGAUGACCUGAAACACCGCUCGGAAGCGGAAAUGACGCCAAAAGUGGUGAAAAUUGUGUCGAAAACUGACCUCAAGUCUCUUCCCAUCCAAAGCCUUGACUAUCACUACAAUCGCGUCAAUGGUUUACAUUCAAUGAACUCCGCGUUCGGCCAGAAGUACGCCUUCGAAGCCGAGGGAAAGCACUGGAUGUCCGCCGAAGACAACACUAUUGAGCCGUUCGUCCGCUUCGGCGCAAAAGCCGACGCUUUCGACCACAACUCCAAAGUCACGUGGAAUCGCAAACAGAGCCAAAUUUUGGUCGAAUCCAAGAGUCGGCGAAACGGACAGAACGUCUUCGACCUCUCGUCCCGCCUCUCGCGCGACCCCAACACCGAAUCCACGCUCCGUUUCGUGACUCCCGACUACCGUUCCUCUUUGAUGGCCACUCCGUCUCGCGCCGCGCGCCUCGACUACAACUGCCAUCACAUCGAUCACGUGAUGACCGCCGAGUGGCCGAACUCUGAGCUGUCCUUCGAGUCCAAGACUCAACUCAAGGACCCUUCGAAACGGUUCUACAAUUUGGCCGCAAAACACGUGUUGAGAGAGUCAUACGUGACCUUCAAGUCGCAGCCCUUCGACGCGUCUGCGCACUACGACCGCUCGCCCGCGUCUCCCAAAUGGAAGGUCGCGUUCGCGGGUCAGCCGCAGUCCUACUAUCCCUACAGCCACGUGACCGAAGUCGAGGCCAAUCCCCGACAACAGCAGUACUCAAUCGCCUCGAGAACCGAGCGUUUGGCAAAUGGCGGCCAAAAGGAACCGCUUUUGGCGCUCAAUGGCCGCUACAACCACUUCGACGCCGCCAUUCCGUCCACUCUGGACGUGAAGUUCGCGCAAAUGGGCGCCAAAGUGAAGGUUCAGCCGUUCGCCGACAGACAGCGCUUCCUUCAAGUGGAGGCCAAACACCCGAAGUACUCUCACGUGACUGACAUUCAAGUGGACGACAAGUCUGUGAACAUUAAGUCGCGAACUGACGGACAAAACGGCCGAUCGAUCGCCAAAAUCGACUCCUAUUUGACUCCCAUUUCCGGUCAAAAGUCGCACUUUUCUCUCGUGACGCCCAAAACGAGCGCUCAAUUGGAAUACGAGCCGAACUCGAGAGCGAAGAUCGAAAUGAACGCCAUUUCCAUUCCCUUCGAACACAAGACGGAAAUCACGGCUCAGAAGACUGGGAAAGGCGUGAAAAUCGUGUCCAAAACCCAGAAGUCGGGCCGCAAUGUGCUGUCCGUCGACUCGGAGAUCAAUUACAACGAAAAUCCGUCGCAUUUGACGAUUCAGUCGCCGCUUAUUGACUCCCAAUUGGCGGCAAAUCCGUCGCAAAAGUGGGCGAAAAUCGCGUUCAAAACGCAAUCAAUUGAUCACAAGUCGGAACUCAAAGUCAACCCAAACGCGCGUCAAAUGGACUUCUGGGCGAAAAUCGCGUUCAAAACGCAAUCAAUUGAUCACAAGUCGGAACUCAAAGUCAACCCAAACGCGCGUCAAAUGGACUUCGCGUCCAAAACGGACUAUAAUUCGCAGAUUUUGGCCAAUCUUUUGGCGAAAAUCGACGCCAAAGACCGCAACCAUCGCUUCGACGUCGAGAUCCCGCGCUUCGCAGUCAAGACGGCGCUCGACCUGACGAAGAGGUCGGCGCUCGUUGACUACAGGAGCAAACUGGUAGGACGUCACGUGUUGGCGUCGGUGGCGGCCAAAGACCAGAACGGCUUCCACGCGGAGCUCCAGUGGGACGCCGAUAAAGACCCGAACCAGAAACUCGUGCUCGACGUGAGCGCCGCCCGUCGCGAAGGCCAGUCGUGGACUGAGAAGACGUUGGUGUCUUCGGUGAGCGCCGCCUACGCGGGAAACACUCUGCGCUUGGAGUCGUCGAUGGCGGAGAACGCGCUGAUCGCCGGACCCCACGAAUGGACGCUCGCCUACGAGCCGAAGUACAACCCGUCACGUGACUCGAUGUGA